CUUGCAAGAAAGAUCAGAAGUUUGUUAUCGAAACCAUAGAAAUUCAGGCAUAUUCAUAUUCAGCUCCCCAUUGCAUCUCCAGGAAUGUCGCCACAGACCUAUACCCAAAUUGUCCUACGUGAGCGACCAGUCGGCGAUAUCUUACCAGACACUUUCACCAUCGAAUCGAAACCGUUCGAUGCAAAGCUCGAUCCUGGGUCUGAACAGGCCCUCGUGCAGAUCACAUAUCUCUCUCUGGACCCUGCGAUGCGUGGUUGGCUGAGAGACACGAGAAGCUAUAUGCCCCCGGUACAGAUCGGCGAAGUGAUGCGGGCGGGAGGCUUGGGUGUCGUGGUCAAGGCGGGCGAAGGGAGCAAGUUCAGCGUUGGAGACCUUGUUUCGGGGACUUUGGGUUGGACAGAGUAUGCCGUUUUGCCAGACAAAAAGCUAACCAAGAUCAUACCACCGCCUGGGACCACCGCCUUGGACUUCCUGAACACCCUUGGAAUGCCAGGAAUGACAGCAUAUUUCGGACUGCACGAUGUUGGUCAAAUCAAAGCUGGCGAAACUCUCGUGGUUUCGGGUGCAGCAGGAGCAGUAGGUUCCCUCACUUGCCAGCUUGGCAAGGCAGUAGGCGCACGCGUCAUCGCGAUCGCUGGCUCGACCGAGAAAUGCGCUUGGCUCGAACAAGAACUCGGUGUAGAUAAAGCAAUCAACUAUAAGAGUCCGACCUUCAAAGAAGAUUUCAAAAACGCCGUUGGGUAUUUGGACGUGUUCUUCGAUAACGUCGGUGGUGAUAUACUCGACUUUGCGCUGACGAGAUUGAAGAAGGGCGCCAGAAUUGCGCUCUGUGGCGCUAUCUCAGAGUAUAAUUCAACGAAACCGAAGGGUCUUACGUCGUAUCUGACGCUAAUCGCCCAGCGCGCUAAAAUUCAAGGUUUCAUUGUCUUUGAUUACGAAUCAGAAUACCCUCGUGCCAUCGCUGAGAUGGCGAAAGCACUUGCUAAUGGGUCCAUAAAACGAAAGUUCCAUAUCGUCGAAGGGCUUGAGAACGCACCAAAAGCAUUACCUAUGUUAUUCUCUGGUGGAAACACCGGAAAGCUUGUUGUCAAAGUUUCUGACGCCGAGCAUCAAGCCAAACUAUAGUUCAUCUAUGAGAUACGUUAUCUUGAUAUCCGCUCAUUUCUUGGAAUCGCCCCCAAUCUCCCAAAGACAAGCAGUAUGUAGGAUAAUAACUGUAUUAGCUGUUGAUAGGUAUGAGCACAUUUGCGUAUUAACCAACUAAGGACCUCUCCUUGAACGAACUCGUGGCAAACCCUCCC